UCUUAAAGUAACCCCGUUGAAGGUUAACAGGUGGAUCUAAUCAUUAAUGAGGUAGUUUGGAAGAUGGUGAAACAUAAGAAAUCAACACGGUUUUGUGUAGCUCGCUGGCUACACGAGGCUCACAACACCGUCGCAAAGCCAUUAUUCACGGACAAAUUCAUGAAAAUGCCGUUUUGGUCUCAAAACAUGAAUAGCUGUGAUGUUCUAUAGGAGCCAUACGUACGUAUAAAGUUAUACAGCAACAACAAGUCUUCAGUCGCUGAUGUUUUCUGGAACGCUCUCGGUUGAGCUAAAGAGCCGCUUUAGCUGCGUGGUGGCGUCUCAGCCAAUGAUAUCAACGAAUGGAUGACUGGCAGUUCUGUGAACCAAUCAGGAGACGGAAUAGCCCCUCGGGGGGCGGGCCAUAUUCUGAAAACAACUCGUGCCGUAAACCAGUACCAGUUGUCGUGUACUUGGCUGCUGCAACUGUCUGUCGCACUACUGCUACAUUACAAUUACAUUUAAAAAGCUGCUGCUGCACAGAAUACCAUGGCUGACGAGGAAAAUUUACCGUCUGGAUGGGAAAAAAGAAUGAGCCGUAGUUCAGGCAAGGUGUACUACUUUAACCACAUCACCAAUGCCAGCCAGUGGGAACGUCCGGUGGGAGAUGGCCGUGGAGAGCCAGAUAAGGUGCGGUGCUCUCACCUACUGGUUAAACAUAAUCAGUCCCGGCGUCCAUCAUCUUGGCGAGAACAAAAUAUUACACGGACUAAAGACGAGGCCCUGGAGUUCAUUCAGAAGUACAUAGAAGAAAUCAAGUCUGGACAGGAGAAGUUCGAGACCCUAGCCUCUCAAUUCAGCGACUGCAGCUCAGCAAAGAAUGGUGGCGAUCUGGGUCUGUUUGGCAGAGGUCAAAUGCAGAAGCCAUUUGAAGAUGCUUCCUUCGCUCUCAAAGUGGGAGACAUGAGUGGUCCUGUUUUUACUGAAUCUGGAGUCCACAUCAUCUUACGCACUGGCUGAUAGCAAGACACCGCAUUCUUUACCUCCCCCCCUUUUUAUUUCUACUCGUACACAGUUUAAGACGACCAGAUUUGCAGUUGAUGUCAAUGACACACUCCGCCCUCCCCCAAAAACAAAACAAGAAGACGCUUACAGCCUGUAUCACAUUGUUUUAGCUGGGACCGUUUGUUCCAAGCUCUGUCAAAUGAGUAUGAAUAAAUUCAUAAUUCUGAAAAUCAUAUCGUUCCUAAAGACUUUGAGCUUUUACUAACCAUGGCAUUGCUGGACAAACAUCUGUGCCUGUUGAAGUGACUGCUCCCCGAAAACACUUGGGAAAAGUUUAGUGAUGCGCUUGGAAGGGUCAGUAAUUGUUAUGUGCAUGUCUAUAAAAAGGACCACUCAUUGUAAGUUUUUUUUUUUUUUUUUUUUCUUUCUUCUGGUUUCUACCAAAGCGUGCCAAAGCCGUUCCUGUAUCUGUACUGUUUUGAAAAAUGUUCAUUAAGAUGUUUAAAAUGUUUUCAAGACAAUGCAGAUCAUUGCAGAUGGAGAAAUCACUGUUAUUCAGAGUUCUUUACACAUAAAUGUUAGCAUUUAUUUUACAUUUCUGUCUUCAGCAAAUAUUCAGAAGCAGAAUUACUUGUGUUCUUAGCUGUUUUAAAAAGUGCUUGGUUUGUCCACGGGAUAUGCCGAGAUGGCACCACUGAAGGGUCCCAGGUUUAAACAAUAAGCUCAACAGCAUCAAUAUUCAAAUGAAAUGUUAACACUGUUGUCGUUGGGGAAUUAAUUAAAAAAUGAAACAAGUUUU